UUUCCCAAGUCCAAUAAAGUAUCAUUUGUCCUGCCGGAGUCGCGUGUCACAGCAUGACGAGUCUGACACAACUGUAUUCAGAUUUAAAUAAAUUAAAGCAAAGCCAAGAUUAUGAAAGGGGGAUUAAAGUAGCCAACAAAAUCAUCCAUGAACACAAUGGAGAAACGUUGGCAUUCCACUGUAAAAUGGUAUGCCUUAUCAAUCUCGGGCGUUUCGAUGAGGUAAUGAUAGCCAUGAAGAAGUACCCAUCUCUAUCGAAUGACCUGAAAUUUGAGAAGGCCUACUGUGAAUACAGGUUAAACAGGACAAACGAAGCUCUCAGGACAUUGAGAGAAGUUGCCAACCCAUGCCUUCGAACUCAAGAACUUCUAGCUCAAGUUCUCUACCGCCUGGAACAGUAUGAUGAAUGCUACACUCUCUAUAAACAGUUGAUCAAGAAUUCAGAGGAUGAAUUUGAUGAAGAAAGACAGACUAAUUUAGCUGCAGUGCUCAGCUCUCUUCAGAUGUGGAAUAAAAAACAAGUGGACGACCCAGGCUUGAAAGAUCUUUCCUAUGAACUUUGUUACAACAAAGCCUGUCUCAUGAUUGGUCAAAAUAAAUUCAAAGAUGCAGAAGAGAAAUUACAGAAAGCUGAAGUUGUUUGUCGGAAAAGUUUUGAAGAUGAUCCUGAAUCUACUGAGGAAGACAUCAAUGAAGAAGUUGCUGUGCUAAGAACCCAGUUAGCGUACGUUUUACAGAAGCAGGGACGACCUGAAGAAGCCCUCCAAAUAUACAACCAGGUCCUUAAAACUAAGCCUUCUGAUAUAGGUGUUACUGCUGUUGCAUCCAACAACAUCGUCACUUUGAAUAAGGAACAGAAUGUUUUUGAUUCCAAGAAGAAAAUCAAAGCUGCCACCUCAGGGAGUGUGAACCAGAAGCUGAUGUCGAUGCAGCAACGGAAAAUCAAAAUGAACCAAGGAUUGCUUUAUAUGUACACCAAUCAAAGUGACCAAGUACGCAAUGUUGUCAAAGAACUUCAGGACAAGUUCUCCGAUGCCAGCUCGGCCGUUCUCAUUGAAGUGGCACAACAUGUUCGGGACAAACAUGUUCCAAAAGCCAUCGAAGUUCUCAAGAAUUACAUUGCUAAAGAUUCCGUUGACGAGAGGAUUAAGCUGAUAUUAUCUCAGCUAUACCUAAGCCAGGGAAGUGUGUUCCAGGCCUGCGAUGUACUCAAGUCCAUAGAGACGUUACGUUAUAAACCAGCUGUGGUCGGCGUAUUGGUGUCGUUGUAUGUGAGUCAGGAAGAUGUACAAUCAGCAUCGAAGACCCUCGGUGAUGCUGUUACUUGGCAUAAACAGAACAUGCCAAACAGUCCUGAACUAAUGGUGCUGAUGAAGGCCAAUGCCAAGUUCCAAAUGAAACAUGGCGACCCACAGCAAGCAGCCUCUCUUCUUGAAGAAAUAUCUAAGAAAAACCCAAAGGAUUCCCACAUUUUGGCACAGUUGUUCUCUGCUUAUUCACUCUUUGACUCAAAGAAAGCUGAACAAAUCAGCCAUCAGUUACCAUCAGUGGAUGAGAUUAUUUCUGGAGUUGAUGUUGAUGAGUUGGAAAAGUCUUUCAGUUCCAUGGCACCAAAAUAUCUGAAGAGAAUACAGAAGACAGAACCAUCACCUUCAUCUGAUGGGGUCUUGUUGAUAAAGACGAAGAAGAAAAAGAAGAAGAAGAAAGCAAAAAUGCCCAAGAACUACGAUGCCUGUGUUACCCCUGACCCUGAGCGGUGGCUGCCUCGUAGAGAACGUUCCUAUUACCGUGGGAAACGUAAAGACAAAACUAAAAACAUCAGUAAAGGCACGCAGGGAGCCACAAGCCCCGCCGGUGACAUUGAUGCGAGCAAGCAAACAUCAGGGAGCGAGGCAAGUUCACCGCGGCCCGCAGCUAAUGUGACCAAGCCAUCACCUCAGCCGGCCAACCGGCAUCAGCAGCAGCAACAUUCGUCCAGCGGACGCAGCACCAACAAUAAGAAGAAGAAGAAAGGGAAACGAUAAGCACGAGACACUCCUCUCCCUCCUCCUCCUCCUCCUACCCUCCACCUCUUUGCCACUUCCCUCUCUUUCUCCUCUCUCCCUCCCCCUCCCCCUCUCUCUGUGUCUCUCCUCUGUCUGUCUGUCUCUCUCUCUCCUUGUCUUUUUAUGUUUUAACAAAAAAAAAUGCAAUCCAAAAGGUUUGGCUCGUUUCUUCCAUCUUUUCUGUGUGGGUAAACACACACAAACACACACACACACACAUACAUAUCUACACACAUACACACACAUAUAUACACACCGUACAUAUAGACACUUGUACAUUCACACGCAUACACACAUGCUACAUAUGCACACACACACACACCACACACAUACACAUGCUGUUGGACUAACAUUAUAAACACACAUACUCAUACAGUCGCUUGUAUAUAUAUAUA